AUGCCUUGCUAUGUUGAGGCGUUUUAUCAUCAAAGCUACAUGAGUCAGAAGAAUCGUGAAGAGGAAAUAGGAGCACAAAAGGCAGUAAAAACUUUGCAAAUGGAAACUGACAGCACAAUAUCUCCAAUAACAUUUGCAGUACCAACCACUUCCCAAGUCAUAUCCUCUUCCAACUUUGGCAGGAAUAUAUGUAAACAUGAUUGCUUAAGAAUAGCAAUGAUUAGUUCAAGCUAUAGCUUAAUGGAGCCCUAUCCAUUGUGGGUGCAGAACUUCGAAAGGACUUUUUCGGAGAAUGAGUCUACUAUUAAGUCUCCAGUGUCAAAGAUGCACCAUCGCUCUAAAAAGUGCGAUUUCAAAUUUGAAUGGGGAGAAGAAACUGAUUAUAAUGUUAUGCCAUGCUUAAAAUCCUUUAACAAACACCAAUUAGAAUUAUAUUUUGAAUUAUUAUCAGCCGCAGUGAAUGAGAGCAUGUAUAAAAGUUUUCUGUUCUUAUGGUUGCAAAAUAAAACAUGUUGUUUUUAUGUUUUAAAGUUGAUUGAUGGGCAAUAA